AUCCGGGUGGAUGAAGUUAACAAACUGGUAUAUUUUGAAGGUACAAAGGAUUCUCCCUUGGAACACCACUUGUACGUCGUUAGCUACGAGAACCCUGGAGAAAUUCAGCGGCUCACCGAAAGUGGCUUCUCCCAUGCUUGCUAUGUUAGUCAGGACUGCGACAUGGUUAUAUGUAAAUUCAGUAAUCAGAAAUGCCCCCACCAAGUCUCCCUCUACAAGCUGACUGGUCUGGAAGAAGGGAUUGCUCGAAGGGCCAAGGAAUUCUGGGCCACCAUUUUGCAUUCGUCAGGUAGGCGAUUUUCUCUCAGAGGCCGGACAUGAUUCCAGUCUAGGGUG